AUGAGGAUGGCCCGUGUCGCCCGUGGUGGGCACGGCCUGCCCAGACAGCUGCCCCUGGGCUCCGGAGUUGUCCUUGCUGUGGGCUCAGGUCCCACACAGAGCCAACACGACAGGGCACAGAGGCUGGGGCAGCUCUGGAGUGCGUUCAUUGCUGAACUCCUGGGCAGGUCCUCUGGGUCCUGGAGCUUUCAAACCCUGGCACCCAAGGGGCAUUUGGACUCUAAUGUUGCCCCUGACCAUGGAGGCCCCAGAGGGGGCCGGGCAGGACAGCAGACCAGGGCCCAGGGCCCAGCCCACCGGCGAGCCCAGUGCAGGGGCGUUCUGGUGUUGCUGGACAGAGAACAAAGGGAGUGUGUGGUCAUGGCUGAUUUCAAACACCAGAGGCAGGGAGUCGGAGGCGGGCCUGCGCCGCGGCGCCUCGCGCUCAUUGGUAGCAAGGGCCGUCAGUCGGGGGCGGGCAGUCAUUGGGCGCAGGGGCGUAAGUCCUGCGGCUGCGUAGUAGCUGUAGGCUCCGCUACCACCGUAUUCAAGUCAGUAGCGUCUCGAGCGCCGCGGGCGAGGCAGCUUCGGCUGCUCUCUCCGUGCUUCGGUCCGCUGGCCCCGGGCAGGAGCGGCCCCUGCGAAGACCAGAUGUUGAUGGACCCGCGCCGCUGCUCGGCUGCGCCAUCCUCCCGGCGCGCAUGCGGGGGCGGCACCGACCUCGUGCCCGGCCUCGGAUCGCCGCCUCGCGCCCGCUGGGCUCCCGGUGCCGCAUUCGCCUUUCUCGGGUCUCCCGCAGCGGGCGGAGGGCUGCGAUCGACCCGGACUUGGAGCCGCUGCCCCGGUCGGACUUCAGAGAGCUCGGCCGAGAAGCGGCUCCCGCUGUCGCAUUUCUGCAGUGGAGGUUCCAGAGCGGGCCCUACUUCAGGGGUGAAGGCGACAGCGACAGCCCUGCGGGCUGGAAGAUACCUGCCGAGCCCCCACUGUGUGUCAGCCCCUGUCCUGAGGACCUGGAAUGCAGUGAUCACGAAGACCAUCCUUAUGCUCAAGUCUAGGACACCGAGGCUGGGCAUACAUCACCGCCCACUUCCAGUGCCUGCUGCGCAUGCUCCUCCUGCCGGCCAGCGCCACCUACUUCCGGUGCCCGCCACGUGUCCGUCCAGCUGCGCCAUCACCUGCUGCAGAGAAGGAAGCUUCCUGCCUGGUCCCGCCCGCCGCUCGCCAGUGCCUCCCACUCAUACCGUCCCCGCCGGCCAAGGCCUCCUCCCGCUGAUGUCGCCGUCGCUCGCGAAAGCCCUGCACCGCCGGCCGGAGCCCUCCAACAGCGGCUGCCUACCGCCGGCUCCAGGGCCCCACCUUGCCAGGGUCCCUGUGCCCUUCUCACGCAGGCCUGGCCUCGCAGCGGCAGCUCACCCGCAGCCACCGUCCUGGAGCCCGCCCCUCUCCUGCCCUGCCCGCCGGUGCCUCCCGCUGACACCCGCCCUAGACGCCUGCCGCUACCACCGUCCUCCAAUGCCUUCUUCCGCUGAUGCCGAUGUUGCUGCCUUCACCAGCGCUCAUGGCCCUCCACUGCGAGAUCCCUCAGACUCGUACCACCGCCAGCAGGGGCCCCCCUGCCAGGGACCCGGUUCCCUGGUUCCCUUGCAGGCCUCGCCGCCUUGCAGCAACCUCAGUUCAUAGUUUCCACAGGGAACAACUUUGAAGUCAACUCAUGAAAGUUCUACUUGAUCCAUUUGUGUAAACAUCUGCUGUUCCCUACCUUCAGGGUCACACGAGGCAGGUAGAACACCAACCCGCCCAGAAAACUGGAACGAAGAGGAGAAGAUGUGAUAGAGGAACAUCGAGCCUAAACUGAGAGCAGCCGGAUGUGGAUCACUGUGUUGCGCGAGUGGCAGGAACCUCAAGUCUCUCCAAGUGCUCCGCCUGUCUUUGCUUUCCAACCCCACCGGUCCUCCAGAGCAUCAUGUGAGCCUUUCAUUAAAAAGAGCCUCCUCAUUGUCUUUUGCAUGUUUUCUGGACUGCUAAACAGAAAAGAGCUGAGAGAUUGAUGGAGCAACCACAGGUAAAGGGAGCACAGGGCUCUGUGGCUUGAAGUGCAUCCACACUACAUCUAGGGAAGGAGGAGAGCUGAAAUCACAAGGGGUAACUCAUGCUUUAUUUAUCACAAGGUUCAAAUAAUAGAAGCCUGUAUAAGAGCUUGCAUAAAUCCAGUAUAACAGGAUUACACCAACAAGUUGGUUGGUUAACUGACAAAGUUAAACCAAAAGAUCAUAAAAAAUGAUACCUGACACAUACCCCAUAUUAUUCACUUUGACUAAAAACAUAUAAUAACACAUUAAUUGACCAAGACUUUGGUCUAGAACCAAACUUUUCAUUAGCAUAUGGAUUCACUGAUUGGAAUUCUGCAUUGUCUUUUCAUGAUUGAUAAUAUGUUUUCUGUAAUGCCAAGUUUUAAUGUCUUAUAAGUGAACCAGGAAUUUAAAGUCACCUCCAGAUUUUUAUG